GGUAGUAAACAAAAAACUUUCAAGGACUUAUAGAACCGUAUCCCCACGGCUCCCAUUGACCACUGUUAACGAUUUAAAACAUGAUCAGAAUAUUUGGAUAUUAUGUGCUAAAAGUGUCCGGUCUUCCCCUACAGUACAAUAUAAAUAUUUACAUAUUUUGCCUGAACGACUAAUUUUUAAGCUAUAAACGCUUGAUUCCUUUUAAAAUUUAUCGAAUAGUUUAUUUAAAAUCGAUGGAGACUCUUAAUUUAAUCAGUUUUCAUGCUUUUAUAUGUAAUGAAACUGGAGCAUAUAGUUUAAAUAAAAAUAAUAACUUUAUUUGUGUGUUUGAUUACGGUCGCGAAGACUUGGAAAUAUUUUAAACGAAAAAACAGAAUAUAGCGACAAAGCAACAGUUGUUAAAACACGCUUACAGUUAAAAACAUAUUCACAUUAAAUUGAAAAAAUUAGCGUGGUCGCUACACCUAGCAGACAAACGAGCCAUUUAUGUCGAAGUUUUGUCAUAUCAAACCUUUAAUAGAAACAAACGCGUGCGUUAGGACGCGACCCGUACAAUAUUCGGCUUUUAAAAGGAUUGGUUUUUUUAAUCAUAUAAUUGCAUACAGAGGCAGUAUGUGCAGUUUAAUGCAGCAAUACAGCAAUACAGCAGCAGUAAAUGCACCGGCGUAUUUGCAUAUUGCUUUUUGCAGCGUUCGAAUCUUGCAACGUACCUCAUCCAUCAUUGAAUUAAAAUAUUCCAAUUCACUACGCAAAUAAGCGGCGGUCGACGGGUUGCAUAAUUAAGCUAAUUUAUCAUUCAAAGCGGAUUCUUCAUUUGAAUUCAAUACAAUAUAUAAGCGCAACAAAUCAGAACAGCAACCAUCAACGUUUUGAUACAACAUAUCAACAACUGUACAACGAUGACAACUUUUUUGAAGAUUUCGGUUUUGGCAAUUUUUGCUAUAUCUAUGGUAGCAGGACAAGGUGGGCUUCGGAAAUGCUGGUUUUGUGAAAACGCUAGAAAUUUUCUGGAUUGUUUAGAUCGAGGAAGACAAAUAACCUGCAAACAACCUAUUGAUGUAUGUUACGCCGAAUUUCAAUCCACAACUUUAACUAUGGGAUGCAAGGAAAAUAGUAGGACUCAGUCAUGCACUGUACAAGUUGGACAAAACCCAACCCAAUGCCGAGUCCCAUUCAGAACAACUGCGUCUCAUACUCCUAACAGGUGUACUUGCUGUUGUGAUGAGGACUAUUGUAACCAGGCGUUUGAUAAUCCUUGUAUGGAAAUCACUGAGCUACCUGAGUGCACACCUGUUCCAGCUCCAGGAAAUGGGACAAAGAGCUGCACCAAUCCUGAUGACAAUCUAAUACCAGGCACUGAAUGUUGGUUCGAAUGCAAUUCAGGUUUUUAUGCCGAGGGUCCCACACACACCACAUGCGAACUUAACUCUGCCAGAACUGGUGCCUCAUUUACCAACCGAGGACCACGUUGUAUACCUCUUUGUCCACAAAAUGCUGUUCUCGAUGUGGUUUUCGCUAUCGAAAUCAGCACUAGUGCCUCUUCUGUGCAGACACUGAAAGAAAUAUCUGCCGCCGUGAUCAGAAAGUUUAGCAUUGGAAGUACAGAUACUAAAAUCGGCGUGGUCGGCUUCCGUGGUAAUAGAGUCAAUCCAAUGGUAUCAAAUUUAAAGGACAGAAAAACACAACCUGGCCUCAUCACCUUCGUUAACAAUCUUUCGUUCUCCCCACCAGAAAAAAGUUUCAAAGGCUUUUCAUCAUGUUUGCAAGAAAUUGAGCCAGUGCAGAAUCUUAGAAACGAACUAGAUUUUCUAAGAAAUAUCAUGAACAAGUCAGCGCUUCUCUUGCUACUUCUCGUCGGGCUUUUGGUUCUCACUGAAACCCAAGGGUACUGGUCGGACAGACGUCGUCGUCGUCGCGAUCGCCGCCGCAGAUGGUUACUUGCUGACUCUUUUAGUCAAAUGGAAAAAGCUGCAGCCAUUGACGACGAAUUCCCGGAAUUUGUUUUGCGUGAAUAG